GGAGGUACCCACAGUUUGCCACUAGUUUCCAUUGGAACAGACAAAGGCUCCGAAGGCUGGCGGAGGAUGCCGAGCCUGGGGUGCGGGCACCAUCAGGCCGGAAUAUGUAUAUUUCUAAUGUUUGGCAGAUAGCAUAUCGCCAUGCAACAUAGGACUGCUGUGACAUAUUGAUGAAGCCGAGAGUGGUUUGCGAGAGAACGCAGGUGCCACGCGGCGAUUGAUAGAGUAUGUGGGGGUCUGGUUUCGCCUCGUCCCGACCGUGUGUGGUUGAACUCGGGCGGAAUCACAGCCUGCCCUUGGGGAUAUGUGGCUCCGACGAGCCUCACUCUCUAUAUGGCUAUAUCGUCGCAAUCCCUUUACAACAGGACUACGGUUGGACCAUGUCGGGAUUGGGGUCGGAUUCCUGGUGGAAGAAAACCAUCUAUAUCACCGGCGGUGCCCUCCUCGCUGCUGCUGCCUAUCUAUUACACGAGCUGCUCGCCAUCAGGAAGGAGCAGGAGUUGGACUCUAAAGAUGCCAUCAUCCUCCAUCAGUUCUCCAGGCCAAACACGGGGGUCCCCAGCCUCUCACCAUUCUGCCUCAAGAUGGAGACGUACCUACGCAUGGUGGACCUACCCUACCAGAACUACUUUGAUGGGAAGCUCUCUCCGCAGGGUAAGAUGCCAUGGAUUGAGUAUAACUGGCAGCAGGUGUCGGGGUCAGAGUUCAUCAUUGACUUCCUGGAAGAGAACCUGGGCGUCAACCUCAACAAGAACCUCAGUCCCCAGGAAAGAGCCGUGUCCCGGGCUGUCACCAAGAUGGUGGAGGAGCACCUCUACUGGACAAUAGCCUAUUGCCAGUGGGUAGACAACCUGGAGGAGACCCAAAAGAUGCUGCCAGUCACUGGUCCUCUCAGUGACAUGCUAAAGUGGAUCCUCGGCCACCUGAACAGCAGCAUGGUGCAAAGGGAGAUGUACGGCCAUGGCAUCGGACGGUUCUCCAAGGAGGAAGUCUACAAGCUGAUGGAGAAGGACAUGCGCACGCUGGCCGAACUGCUCGGAGAUAAGAAGUACUUCAUGGGGCCUAAGAUGUCGACAGUAGAUGCUGCUGUGUUUGGUCACCUGGCCCAGGCUAUGUGGACACUACCCGGCACACGUCCUGAACAGCUCAUCAAAGGCGAGCUCAUCAACCUGGCCAUGUUCUGUGAGCGCAUGCGGAGAAAGUUCUGGCCUGAGUGGUUCGUGGACAUAGAGGACGUGUACUAUGACGGAGCAGACACUGACAGCAGCGAGGGCUCUUCUACAGGCCUGAUGGACUUUGGCCUGUUCUCCCAGACAGACACCAUGGAGGAGAGUGAAGCCUCUGACAAACACACACACUCACACACUCACUCCCCCGAUACGGACCACUCGCUGUUCGACUCGGACGUGGGCACGGGCUCGGACAAUGGGCCGCAGCUUAAGUGUGACCCUCCUAGUCCUGACCCUCCUAAUCCUGCCCCUUCCAGUCCCAAACCUCCCAACCCUUGACCCAUCCUUACCAAGGCAGGUGGGGUGGGUUUGGCUGAGGCAGUCAGAUGGCCCGGGAACUCCAAACUAGUCAGGGCGCUGCUAUCUGGAUUGGCAUCAUAGAGCUGCGGAACAGAGAGGCACAGUUCUCACUUCUCCUGCUGCCCCUCCCUCUCUUCCAGAGAUCUGUGCUCACACAUGGAGGCGCAGUUAUAUUCCAUGAUGACUGAAGACUAUAUCCUAACAAUAUAAUAUCAGUGCGCUCCGACAAAACCGAGUAUUUGUAUGCAGAGCGUAUAAAUCGAACCCCGUGUUACAAUGUGAUUUCCUCACCCCCGAGUGAUUGUGACAUUGCCAAUAUGGCACUAUCACAGACAUUGCCUUAUUUGUGUCAGUUGUCCAAGGCUACAAGGCUAGUGUAAAACGUCAUGAGAGAGAUUGUUGGUUGAACCAGUUAGUGGAGUGUCUGUUCAUGGAAUACAGGCAACAUGGCUGUUUCUUUAGAAAUGUAGCUAGUGAAAGAGAGACGACGAUGAUGAUGGUAGCAGAAACAUGAAAACACUGGAUUUUUUAGAGAAAACUGAGGUCAGUCAUUUUGACACAUUGUAAAGAGUGAUAUAUAAAGAGUCUUUGACUUGGGUGGCUGCUCUAGUCUGUGUCUUACUAACGGUGGGCUAUUCUACCAGUAGUCCUAUGGUUUGUGGCUUGCUGCUGAGCAUUUUUAUUUAUUUAUUUAUUUCACCUUUAUUUAACCAGGUAGGCAAGUUGAGAAAACAAGUUCUCAUUUACAAUUGCGACCUGGCCAGGAUAAAGCAAAGCAGUUCGACACAUACAACGACAGAGUUACACAUGGAGUAAAACAAACAUACAGUCAAUAAUACAGUAUAAACAAGUCUAUAUACGAUGUGAGCAAAUGAGGUGAGAUAAGGGAGGUAAAGGCAAAAAAGGCCAUGGUGGCAAAGUAAAUACAAUAUAGCAAGUAAAACACUGGAAUGGUAGAUUUGCAAUGGAAGAAUGUGCAAAGUAGAAAUACAAAUAAUGGGGUGCAAAGGAGCAAAAUUAAUUAAUUAAUUAAAUACAGUAGGGAAAGAGGUAGUUGUUUGGGCUAAAUUAUAGUUGGGCUAUGUACAGGUGCAGUAAUCUGUGAGCUGCUCUGACAGUUGGUGCUUAAAGCUAGUGAGGGAGAUAAGUGUUUCCAGUUUCAGUGCUUUUUGUAGUUCGUUCCAGUCAUUGGCAGUAGAGAACUGGAAGGAGAGGCGGCCAAAGAAAGAAAGCAUCAGCCAUAAUCACUGGCCUUUCCAUCAACUCUGUGUCUAACUUCACUCUAGUAAAGGAGAUUGGGAUACGCAAAAGGAACUGGAGAUGGAACAUUCUUGUCGGAGUAGAGCCGACUCUUGUAUCUCACCACUAGAGGGUGCUGUAUCUAUACAUUCAUCCUGCUGUCUAUUUAGCUCUAUGGUCUCGAGUCCUGUCGGUUUCUGCCACUUGGAAUGUUAAAGGCCCAAUGAAGUCAAAGCGUGAUAUUCCUGUGUUUUAUAUACAUUUCCACACUAUGGGUUUGGAAUGAUAUUGUGAAAAUUAUGAUAAUGCCCUUUUAGUGUAAGAGCUGUUUGAAAAGACAGCGCUUUUCAGUCUGUUUUGGUGGGAUGGAGUUUUGGCCUGCCUGGUGACAUCAGACCAAUAAGAAUAGACAAUUAAAAAUAGAGUUCCAAACCUGUGCCAAUAACAGCUUAGUUUUCAGUUUUCCCCACCCUCACCCAGACCACUCCCAGACAGUCCUAGCUACAUUUUUGCUUGAGAAUUUGCUCUUUGCUAAGAAGCUGUUUUUCUUUCUUUUUGACCAUUUUAAUUGAAAACAGUCACAGUAAGGUACAUAAAUAUUACACAGAGAUUAUUUGAUAUUGAGAUAAAACAGCUGCAUUGUUUAAUGAAAUAAUAACAAUAAUACAAUGCAUUCGUUUUCACUUCAGUAUUUUUUUAAUUUUACCUUUAUUUAACCAGGCAAGUCAGUUAAGAACACAUUCUUAUUUUCAAUGAUGGCCUGGGAACAGUGGGUUAACUGCCUGUUCAGGGGCAGAACGACAGAUUUGUACCUUGUCAGCUCGGGGGUUUGAACUCGCAACCUUCCGGUUACUAGUCCAACGCUCUAACCACUAGGCUACCCUGCCGCCCCGGCUGCCCCGUAACACCAUACGAAUACAGAAAGUUGCUGAAACAGAAUGGAAAGGCCCGUUUGUAGCAAGUAGUGUUAUCCCUUUACACGCGUGUGUGUGUGUGUGUGUGUGUGUGUGUGUGUGUGUGUGUGUGUGUGUGUGUGUGUGUGUGUGUGUGUGUGUGUGUGUGUGUGUGUGUGUGUGUGUGUGUGUGUGUGUGUGUGUGUGCGUGUGUGCGUGGGUCUGAGAGAAAGAGACUGGAAGUGGGUUGUAAUAUGACUACAUUACCAGGUAUAAUAUAAGCCUUAGUGCACAGAAGUUAUGAAAAGAGGGGUUGAAUUUGAAUCGUGAAUGCAGAUUGAUUUUUGCUUUCUUUACUCAGUAACUCACAACUUAUUUGAAAACAGUGCCAGCACUUUGUUUUUAUUUGUGAUUAACUUAAGUUUGCGAUGUUUUAUCGUUUGUAUCUUUAUUGCUCUCACGGAGAGAUUUUUGUUGCAUGUUGUUUAAAAUGGGCAAAACUAAUGCACCUAGGACGCUGGGGAUUGUCGUGAUAAGAUGAUGGGGCCAAAUGAAUGGAAUGAGACAUGUACAUAAAUGGCACAGGUCACUGGAUGUCUGUGUGGUAGCUAGGCAUUCAAGUUGAACUAUUGAUAGGUGUAUCAGGAUGACCUUGAGAGAAGAUCAUGUUUAUUCGCAAAGUUGCAAUAUCAAAGUAAAUAGUUGUUUGCAAAGGCACAUGAACAAAAGACCAAAUAAAAUAGUAAAAUGUCAAUCUGCUAUGAUUAUACUCACCCUACCUCCCAAUGAUGAAACAUAAAAUUGCAAAACAAUGGGGACCAAGACACGGAUCUGUCGAAACAUUUUGUCAUCUGUCCUUUAAGUGUCUUUUAAUUAGACUUUUUGUGUCUGUAAUUGAGCAAAUAUCUUUGAGGGUGUUUGAUUGAAUUGCAUUGUCUUAUUGUUGAAAUUAUUUAUUUUAGAAGUAUGGGCAGAUCAGACCUGCAAUGAGAGAACAGCAGAGGAGGCGGUAUCAUAUGGGGGCAGAGCUGCCUCCAGAACACGAUUCAUCCCCAAAAAACGUCAACCUGCGUUAUAUUAUGGGAUGCGUUUUUACCAUGCUACAUAUGGAUAACUCAUUGUAUCAGGGCGACUACUUUGUCAAGCUAUAUUAGAACAGUGUAUGUCCUGUUAGUGGAAACAUUACAUUACAGGGAAAUGUACAUAAGUGUGAUAAACUCAUAAAUUCACUGUAACAUACUGACAAACUACCUAUGAAUGUCCAAUUAUGAUAACCCGUAGGUGAGGUGGCUGUAUGACUGAUUACUCUCAAUGAUUUCAUUAAACAAUAGCUGUGACAUA